UCAGGUGGUGCAGGUGGAUGAAGGACCUCACUAACGCAACAAGAAAUGCACCAACAAUGACUGGAUUCUUCAUAAAAAAAAAUGGGAUUACAACUAAAGUAAAUGUUGAGGUUUUUAUGGAGGUGGGAGUCGUUAGGUGUGACGUUUUUCCUUUAAUGACCUGACAUCCAGAGAAUGACAUCAUCGACGCUGUGAACGGGCGCGUUGUUAAGUAACGAGAGGGGGAGACAGACUCGAACGGCCGCUCGUGCUGCUGGAGCUUUAGGGACUAUCAACAGGGAGCGCAACCGACGACAGAUCUAAGAGCUGGGGGAAUGAGAGCCACCAGAAUCCGCUCCAAUCCUCUUCUGCCCGGGCUCCUAUCCGACUGACAACCAUCGGAUCAGAACCUCCACCGUACCAGCUCUCGGAAGAACCCAAUAUCGGUGACAACUUGCAAACAUGGAGCUGAGAGUGGGGAACAAGUACCGACUCGGGCGAAAGAUAGGGAGUGGUUCCUUUGGCGACAUUUACCUUGGUGCCAACAUUGCCACCGGUGAGGAGGUCGCCAUUAAGCUGGAAUGUGUGAAGACCAAACACCCGCAGCUGCACAUUGAAAGCAAGUUCUACAAGAUGAUGCAAGGAGGAGUGGGCAUACCAUCAAUAAAGUGGUGCGGCGCAGAGGGAGACUACAACGUGAUGGUAAUGGAGCUGCUUGGUCCCAGUCUGGAGGAUCUUUUCAACUUUUGCUCCCGGAAGUUCAGCUUAAAGACUGUCCUGCUUUUGGCAGACCAGAUGAUCAGUCGCAUCGAGUACAUCCACUCGAAGAAUUUCAUCCAUCGGGAUGUCAAGCCUGACAACUUCCUAAUGGGGCUUGGCAAGAAGGGCAACCUGGUGUACAUCAUCGACUUUGGCCUGGCCAAAAAGUACCGCGACGCCCGCACACACCAGCACAUCCCGUACAGGGAGAACAAGAACCUGACUGGCACAGCCCGCUACGCCUCCAUCAACACACAUCUUGGAAUUGAGCAGUCCAGACGUGAUGACUUGGAGUCUCUCGGCUAUGUCCUCAUGUACUUCAACCUGGGCUCCCUCCCCUGGCAGGGCCUCAAGGCUGCUACCAAGAGGCAGAAGUAUGAACGAAUCAGUGAGAAGAAAAUGUCCACGCCCAUCGAGGUUCUCUGCAAAGGAUACCCUUCUGAGUUCUCCACAUACCUGAAUUUUUGCCGUUCACUCCGUUUUGACGACAAGCCGGACUAUUCGUACCUACGACAGCUCUUCAGGAAUCUUUUCCACCGCCAGGGUUUCUCCUAUGAUUAUGUCUUCGACUGGAACAUGCUCAAAUUUGGUGCCAGUCGGACGGCUGAGGAUGGAGAUCGGGAGAGGAGGACAGGAGAUGAGAGGGAUGACCGAAUCGGAGGAGGCCCCAGGGGGUCUGCAUCGCGGGGCCUCCCCCCAGGUCCUAACCCUGCAGCUGCCAACAGAGUCAGGAACGGGCCAGAGCAGGCCAUCUCUAACCCUGCCUCGCGGGUCCAGCAGUCUGGGAACACGUCACCUCGUGCAAUUUCUCGCGCAGAGAGGGAGAGGAAGGUGAGCAUGCGUCUCCACCGCGGGGCUCCUGCCAACGUAUCGUCCUCUGACCUCACAGCCCGUCAUGACCAAUCCAGAAUUUCCACAUCACAGGUCAGCGUGCCAUUUGAGCACAUGGGGAAGUAGAAUUCUUUGGCUCUGCAUGCACACGAAACUGACAGGGCUGCAAAGUAUAUUCAUCGCUCCGGAUUAUUUUCAUUUGUUUUUACCUUGUCUUAUGAAAAGAUGAUUGCCAAUGGACACAUGGACCUUUUGGAACAGGACAGUACAUUUUUAAAGGAUCCAGGGAUGUACGUGACAGUAUCCAACAUGCACUCUUUCAUGAACCCUUCUCGCUGAACUGUGGACCACCAACACCACAAUACAAAAAGCAAAUGAAUGACGGUCCUUACACCAUUGUUACUCCAUGGUUGCUCAUACCUGCUCCAAUCCUCAAAACAUUUCCUUCAGUACCUUCUGUCUGACAAAUGUGAAGAACUGUUGGCAUCAAAGAAGCAAAGAGGUAUCAGGGACACGCGCAUGUUUCUUGUCAAAGGUCAACUUCGUGACUGAUGUAGGCUUAGUAAAGAUUUCUUUUUCAGUUUUAACACCACAGAAAACAUCUUUUCAGUGAACGUCGCUUCUUUUAUCUUUUCACGAGGACAUCUUAAAUUGGAGCUUGUUAUGAGUUAUCUUUCUUUGUUUUUUUUUGUUUUUUUGAGAGAAAUAACAGCUGAAAGACGAAGAAAUGGAGAGAGGUAGGUCAGAGGGUAGUGGACAAAAAAGAAAGGUAGCUUUUGAAAAGGAUAAGUAAGUGAUGUUUAGCUGUUGUUAAGUAAUGUUUCUGGUGAAGUAGCAAUUGGUGCUUGCUUGCCCCUUCUUCAUCCAUGUGAUGAUUUUACUCUCCCUCAAAACUCGACCACCAAAACCUCCACCACCCCCCCCUUUUUUUUUGGUUUUUGCCUGUUUUGACUUGGUGUGUUUUCUUUGGUUUUUAAAUGUGAGUGGGUAAGGUGAAGAAUGACCCAUAGAUAUUGCAAAGACACACUCCCAAGUCUUGAGGGAAAGCUCCUCAGGAAAUUCUGUAUUUGACCAGAGACCAUAGCUGCCCGUUUUGGCUAACAAAUAGUGGCUGCAAUUUUUAUGAUAGUUCUUAAUGUUACCUUUUUUUUAAUUCUUUUGUUAUUGGAGGUCAUAGGGGAGUGGGCAGGCUCUGUUUGGGAUGACUCUUAGGGGGAUGGGACAUCCAAUAUUUCUUUUUUUUUCUUUUUUUAAUGUUUACUUCACUGUAAAUAUUUUUUUAUUUUAAUGUAAAGCCAAAAUGUGGUUAUUUGUUUUAAGGUGUAAAGUAGAAAAAUGCAUACUAAUGACAAAUUGGGGCUGGGUUCAGAAUUCUAGGUAUUUAAAAUACUAAAUUGUGGGAUUGGUUAUUAUUACUCUGCCAGCUGGGUCAUCCAACAUUGUGUGAGUGUGUGAGAGAGUGAGUGAGAUGCAGUGACUCCCUGCUAAUACAAGAUUCAUUUUGUCUGUUUUUAUCUCUACUAUUUAUGUCAAACUAUAUUUUAUCUGUCUGAAAUAACUUUAAUUUCAUCUUCCUGUAACUUAUUAGAAGUAUUUUCUUUUUUCUUGUUCAUGUUCUUUCUGCUUGUCCCGUAUGUUCUCCUGUUCCUCGUGCUUCACAGGUCGUCCGCCUCAUAUCAUACAUAGGGCUUUCAAUAUUCCUUCUGCAAAAAUGAUAUGCUAAUAGGAUGUCACCUUUUUUGGGUUUUAACCUCCAGCAAUCUCGAUGAUGUCAUUCAAAAGAAAACAACUGAUGCAAUUGCAGGGAUGUGUAAAUAACAGUGUACCGUGUGUAUGUGUGUGUGAUUACCUUUGUACAGGCCACCAUGACCCAGUGGUAUUGUAACUGUUGGGUUGGAAAUGGUAUAGAAGAGGUUGAGGUGACGGGGAUUUCACUUUAUGUAUUGUGUACUGAUAUCUUGUACAGUUCUUUAACACACUUUAUUUACAACAGUAUUUGUGUAUAUUUUAUGAAGUAAUAAAAAUGAAUAACGUUGCUCACAA